AGAGGGAGGAAGGAGAAGAGACAACCAUGAAGAGCAAAUCGAAGAGCUACAAGAGGAGGAAGCUUGGGUUACCUACUGUUCUCGCCUUCUGUUCGUUCUGUUUCCUCGCCGGUUUCUAUGGAUCCACCCUUCUUUCUCAGAAAGUACCCGUUGUUAGACCGAAGUUGAGGAUGUUGGAAAUGGUGGACGGAGAAGAAGAUGAUGUCCCGAUGGCGCAUGGUGAAACUGGAGACGGAUCCGUCGGAUCGAUUCCGUAUCAGGUACUGAGUUGGAGACCAAGGGCUCUAUAUUUUCCGCACUUCGCCUCAUCUGAACAAUGCCAAAGAAUAAUUGAGAUGGCGAAGACUCGCCUCAAACCUUCUUCUUUGGCUCUCCGGAAAGGAGAAACUGUCGAGAACACUAAGGACACUAGAACGAGCUCAGGAACGUUCAUUGGUGCAUCUGAGGAUGAUACUGGGGUCUUGGAUUUUGUCGAGAGGAAAAUUGCAAGGGCUACAAUGAUUCCAAGGAGCCAUGGAGAGUCAUUCAAUGUUCUACGGUAUGAACUUGGCCAAAAGUAUGACUCACACUAUGAUGUAUUCAACCCAGCCGAGUACGGCCCACAAUCAAGCCAAAGGAUUGCUUCCUUCUUAUUGUACUUAUCUGAUGUAGAAGAAGGCGGUGAAACCAUGUUUCCAUUCGAGAGCACUUUUGAUUACCAGAAUGGUUCCAAUAUGCACAGCGGCUACGAUUACAAGAAAUGCAUUGGGCUUAAAGUAAAGCCCCGGAAAGGAGAUGGUCUUCUGUUUUACUCUGUCUUUACAAACGGAACUAUCGAUCAGACAUCGCUACACGGAAGCUGUCCGGUGAUCAGAGGAGAAAAAUGGGUGGCGACAAAGUGGAUCAGAGACCAAGAACAGCAAGAAGGCUGAUCUGAGUAUGCUCUUCUUGCCUCCAUUCCUAUGAUCUCACAGUUCUUGUCCUCUCUGUCUCUGUAUGAACAAAUCUUCUACCAUAGUUUCAAAAAAGAAAAAAGAACUGUGUUGUCACAAUUUCAGGAGGAGAGUUGAAGCAAGUAGACCACUUUUAUGCCAUUGAAAACUAAAAAGCAAAUGGAAAGCUCAGAUGGAGAGAGAGAGAGCAAGUACAAAACCACUGAUAUGGUUGGGAAAAAUUCAUGUUGAAUUAAAUACUUUCAACUGUUAUCAUAGGGAUGAAAAACUACGAGAUGAGAUUAUUGUUUGUGCUAUCCAAAUCACUCCCGUUUCGGAUUA